ACCGAGGGAGGGUCUUAGAAGGUAACCUGCGGUCACUUCUCUCAGUUUAUCUGCUGGAAAAACCUGGAGGUUCAAACUCGGAUCAGUUUUAACCCUCUGCUCUCCUUUGGGGCAACCUUACAGCAGUGGUCAUAUACCUGCUGAUCAAGCAAAAGAAACAUCCUAAAGAGGUUAAUCCAGCUCCUUUGACUCCUCCCCAUAUGGUCAUUCUUCGCGUUAUGAAUCGCGCCACCUUGUCUUCGCCUUAAAAGUGAGAGGGUUGCGCCAUUCCAGCACCAGACGUGCUGGGAGCUGUCUCCAUUACGCGUGGUGCUGAAAGUGCCACCCACCGCAUCAUGUGGUCAGUUUUCUUCGUCUUUCUGUCUUAUCUGGACAGAAACGUGGUGAGAGGUGACUUCCUGAGCAGCGCUUUGGACGCAGAGAAAGAGAGCAGGGAGAUGUUCUCCAUGAUCAACGGCACCUUCUGCGCAAAGAUGUCCCUCAUUGGGGAAAACGUCCUCUACCAGGUGUCGGAUGGAGCCGAGGUAGUUCGGACCGUAGUGAGCCCCAGUGGGAAGCUGGUGACUUGCUCUGUCGUAGUGAACCAGAUGGAGGUGAAAUCGUUUUUGCACGAGUGCAGGCUGGGGCUGAAGAAGCGGAGAGCCGGGCACCAGCUGGAGGCGCGUUUUGCGCGCAUUGAUGAGGACAAGCUGCUGUGCAGGGAGUUUAAUCUGAGGUCCGAGGGCAGCAGCGCGGCUUGGAAGAACACAGACACAGAGGGAGGGCAGGAGAAGGUUUUGAAAAGAUCCAAGAGGGGCUUCACCUACCCGGGGACCCUGUGGUGUGGAGCCGGAAACAUGGCGGAUAACUACAACCAGCUAGGAGAGUUUGCAGACACGGACAGCUGCUGUAGGACUCAUGACCACUGCGCUCAUGUCAUCCACGCCUUCUCAUCAAACUAUGGAUACACUAAUUUCAAAUGGCACUCCCUCUCCCACUGUGACUGCGAUGAUGAGUUAAAAGCUUGUCUGAGGAAAGUCAAUGACACAUCCUCCAGGGUUGUCGGUCAGGCCUUUUUCAACGUCAUCGGUGUUCCCUGCUUUGAUUUCACCUAUGAGGAACAGUGCGCUGAACGCCACUGGUAUGGCCUGUGUAAGCGAUACGAGAAGUUCCCCAUCGCUGUGCUGAGAGAAGCGGUGCCUUAUGACUACGGAGGUAUUGAUGUCAUAGAUGAGCUGACGUUGGCUCCACCAAAGCGUGAAGAGUCAACAAAGAGGAAGGAGGAGGAGCAGCAGGAGAGUCCGACUCAGAGUACGAUAUCAGAGCCUUCACUAACAAACGUUGUCACGGCAGCCGAGGACUUUAUCAAGUUGCUUGCCACCGUCUCCACAUCUCAAAGCUCCAACGCUGACCACGACAAGGAGGAGACGCAAGCAUCAGAGAAGAAGAAGAGAAAGAACAUGGGGAAGAAGAAGAAAACUAAUAAAAAGCACAAAGGUAAAGGAAAAGGGAGGAAGAAAAAGCAGAAAACAGAUGCAGGUUUGAAAGCGGAGGAAGGAGCUGUGGUUCCACCUCCUGGCAGCAAAGCAGAGGACGUAUUGGCUCUGAGCAAUUUCAUUAGUGAGUCCAGCAAACAAGACCGGUCAAAGAUAAACACAAACAGAGUGGAGGACAGAGAAUUUGAGCCUAGGAGAACAGACGAGCGCUCUAAUGCAGUCAUGAAAGAUGAACCUGCUGCGGAUAUGGAGACGGUUUCAAUUAUGUCACCUGAAAAUGUUCAGAAGGUGCUGGCUGAGUCAGAGACUGAGGAGAUCAAGGAGAAAGCCCUUCUCUCAGAUAGGAUGACGACUGUUAGGCCUCAUAAAACAAAAACUAAAGGACAAAGGAGGGGUCAGAGAAAGAAAAGCAAGAAAAUGCCUCCUUCUCCUGAAGACGUCAAUUUAAACUCAGCUGACUCUGUUCCAAACAUUACUGAUAUAUUAAAGCAAAGAUCAGAGCAACAUAGCUCCUCUAAAACAAGCACGGCCACUAUUCCCAUUGUUGUCCCCAAAGUGCAAAGGAGCAGGUCAAAGGACAGAGGAGACAAAGAGGGGAGGAAGAAAAGAAAGAAAGUCAGCUCUGAUGCUCCCAUUGUUCCCUCUGAUCUGCAGAAUUCCUCUCCAGACCGCCUGACAGCUUUCCCUCAUCCCCAGUCACCCACCACAGCACCGGUCCCUACAACAGAGCUGCCCCUUUUAAUCACGCCAUUUUACAGACCGGACAGCCAGCUUACAGCUCUCAGCCCGAACUUUACUGCUCUGAAAAGGCGAAGGUCAAAAGAUAGAGUGCAGAGAAACAGAAGGAGGAAAACAGCCAUUCUUCCCUCCAGUCAAAACCAUCCUUUUUCCCACAGCAGCCCUGAAAAUGUGAAUGUUCUCACUACUCCCCACACCCUCGUUACACAGCAGAGCCCUGUGAGCACUGCUGCGCUGCAAGACAUGGAUGCCCACAAUGAAUGGAGGCUUUUUACAACAGCCAGCCCCACCGUGAGGACAAACCUCCGUGUGCAUCUGAGCAAACAGCAGAAGAAAUCCAAUUUGAAGCCAAAUGACCCAAAUACACUUCCAGUAUCACCAGCUGAGGUCAGAUCCAACAAGCACUGGAUGACCACCAUGAUGGCUCCAUCCAUGAGUCCACUUCACUUUUCUAUUGAGAGAGCAAGAGCACAGUUUAACAGGAAGAAAAGGAGGAAGGCGUUGCUGUUGAAUCGGCAGCAGUAAAGCAUGAGCUGCAUAAUAGACUAGACCAGGAAGGCAUUUACCACUUAAUCCAGCAAGAACAUGUUGGUGCCUAAAAUAUUUCAAUCAUACAAUCAUCAAUACUGUUAGGAUAAUCUUUUUCAAUAAUCUAUUUUGCAUGUCAAUAAUAAAGUCAAUAACUAGUUAUUAGUGUGUUGGAUUAUUUAUUUUAUAUCCUGUGGUAAUAUAGACAUGAACUAAAAAACUUUUGUUAACCAUUGAUUUAGUUAUCAAUUUAGUUAAUUUACAUAACCCAAAUCUGUUGUCCCAGGCCCCUUCGCACAAAAAAAACAACAACUAUGCAAUCGAAUUAUACAGGAAGAUUUUAAGUUAAAUAUAUAAAUUAUACGUUUUUCUUUAAAUUGGUUAAAGUGUUUCGAUCUAAGGGAGCCCUGCAGAUUGUGUCAAGUCUCUGGCUUCCAGUUUUAAAGUGUUAAUAAAUGGAUCCUUGGAUGAGCAAUGAACCAUCAGUCCUCGUUUUUUAGCUGACUUUGCACCUUUCCCUGAUGCUGAGCAUGCAUGCAGCAACGGUGGGGCGGAAAACUGGGUGAAACUUCCGGCAGAACCAGGCUCAUUGUCAGCAGAUCAUACUGGAAUUUCUCACAAAAGAUUCUAAAGCCUGAAAUAAAAUACAUAUUCAAAAAUUAAUAAUUACAAAACAAACUGCAGAUCUUUCCAAUAUUCAAUUUCCUUAAACUCUUAGACCAGUAGGUAAAAUACUUACGCAAAAAGUGCUUUCAGUGACAUGCAUACUGUUUACUGUAUAUUCACUGACCCUCAUUGGCCAUGUCAGGCUCAGCAGAUG